AUGUCCGAGAACGAGAGCAGCAGAAGCGACAACAAAAACAGUACAAACAAAGAGGGAGACGAAAAAGAAAAGCUGAGAGAACUCGUUCGCGCGGUGAAACACGCCAAGCGAGAACGGUUUUUCAAAGGAGUCGUCGUUCCUUUUUGGUGGUUUCUUAAAGUGUUGGUUCUUUUUUUCUCUCUCGUUUUCCUCCAAAACGACGAGGCAAAAAAAGUUGAAGCGUUGCAACAAAAGUACUCGCCGAUUGAAGAUCGAAACAUCCGGGAGGCGUCUGGCCUCGUGAAAUCGAAACUGAACUCCAAAAGCCCCGCGGGGAAAGUGUUUUGGACGCACAACGAUUCCGGGGACCGGGCGAGGGUGUUUGCCAUUCGCGUCCCGGAAAAAGACGACGACGCAAAGUCGUCGAAGAAAACGCGCGUGGUCGCCGAGGUGACCAUUUUGAACGCCGGGAACAGAGAUUGGGAAGAUCUGGCACUGUGGCAAGAUCAUAAAACAAACCAACAAAAACUUUGUGCCGGAGAUAUCGGUUCUUAUCGCGGGGAAGUCGUUAUUUAUUGCUUCCCGGAGCCGAAAUUAUCCGAGAUGUCGGAGACGUAUUCAAACGUCUCCAAGCCACCUUCGAAAGAGUACUUAAAAGUACCGUUCACGGAAAAGAUUCGCCUGCGAUACCCAUCCAACGAAAAGCACGACGCGGAAACUUUACUGGUGGAUCCACACACUUCGCAAUUCCUCAUCGUCACCAAAAAAAGCAACAACAAAGGCGCUUUAUACGUCUCCGAACCGAUCGACGCGUUAUCGCAAAAUUCGAAAGGAUCGAACGAGUUAAAAUUCGUGCGAACGAUUAAACUUUACGGCACGAGUUCCGGCGCGACUGGUGGCGACAUCUCUUGGUCCGGUAAAAAAAUCGUUCUCAAAUCCUACGGUCGAUACGUGUACGAAUACACUCGCCAACAAUUCUUCGAUCCGAAGAGAGACCCGAACGUUCGCGGUUUAGGCGAGUACGAUCCGAGCGAAGCGUUGGCGUUGGAAAACGACGCGCCGGACGAGAACGAAAUCUGGACGUUAAACGAAGGCAGCGGGAGUUCCUUGAGACGGUACAGGUUGCGUUAA